UUUACGGACAAAGGGGACAAGUGGUGGGGAAAGGAGCAAUUUCCAUUCCCGCGUGGGGCGUGGCGGGAAGGGCAGUUUUUGAGUCCUCCGGCGCUUCGACUUCUGCCCUAACUUGGUUUGUUGUCCUCAUCAGUUCCGCGCCCCUCCCAUUGGAUUUAAAUUCCCAUUUAGUUGAUUAUCUCUUCCAAUUUUAGAGUCGUCGAGAUCUUCGUUAUCCGAUCAUCGAUCCGUCGAUCGCUACAUCUGAUUCACGCAUGAUUCUUUCUGCUAUUCCUCGAUCGUUCCUUGGAUUUUUCUUCCGAGUGUAAAAUUCUUCUUUGGCACUGAUGUCCGUGAGAGAAACCCACAAGAGGCAGCAAAGCGAAGCGCCUGUUGCCUGUUGUUCGAAAAAAGGGAGAGCUCGCUAUCAUCGCGAGCCCCAAUGUUUGCACUUGAGGGCCACCGCUUCUCCGUUGGUCUCGUCCUCCUCCGGACGCUCCUACAGAUCUGUUUGCUUGAGCGCGGAUAGGGUCUACACCUUCGGCAGGGGAAAAAGUUGUUGCGAUUUUUGUUUCAGGGAUCGUCGUGUUAGCCGGCAACAUUGCCAGGUUUGUUUCGAUAGUUACGAGCGAAAGGUUUUCAUAAUCGACGGAGCCCUUAAUUCUUCUUCCGAAUUGGAGAUAGAUAAGGUGCAGCAAAGAUUGGGUAGAGGGGAUGAUAGCGCGGCGCGAAGAGGAUCUAACUGCUCACUGAACGGCGUCUACGUCAACGGUUCUAAGCUGAAGGGGCGUGCCAUUUUUCAGUUAUUCGUCGGCGAUGUGGUGUCUUUUGUCUGCGGUGGCCGCUCCAGCCCCAUUGGCUUCGUUGUCCAUUGUAUUAUUUUCGCUGAUAAAAUUAUAACCAGAAGCAAUGCGGAGUCAAUUUGCGGACCAGGUUGUCAGAGGUGUGGUGAGAGCUCCAUGCGACUGCAGUGUUUGCAGUCCGUCUACGAGAGGCUCUCCAAAUUAUAUUUUUCAAGGACGCGAUCUCCCGGAAAGGUGAUAUCUCGCAAAAAGAUGUUAUCGGGUGUUGGAUUUUCUCAGGAUAGUAUUGAUUCUCUAUGCAGAAGAUUCGUGCACGUUUCUGGACAUUAUAAUCAGACUACAAAUAGAAGAAGAAGAGUCGGUCUUUUUGAAGUAGACCAAGGAUCCAGUAACUUGGCCCUGCAUGCUGAAUCAAAGAUCAGUGACGCUGGUGGAGAUAUAGCUACGGGGCUCAUGGGCACCAGUAACUUAUUAAUCUUAUCUAAAACAUGUGAAAAACGUUCACUCAAACGUGGUUAUUUCUGCGGGACGUAUUCUGAUGGAGAGCUGAUACUAAGGGCGCUAUUGCUUUUGAAAAAGUGCAGAUUGGCAAGGAAAGAUUUGGACAACAUUAUGUGUUUUAAUAAUAAUUUCGGGAAUUCCUCUGCAUCAGUUGGUCGUAGGCUAGGUAAAGCAGAAGCCUUCGAUGAAGGCAGUUUUCCACCUACAGCAUAUCGUGGUACAUAUAAACACUUCAAGGGUCCUGAUGUUAUUCCGAAGGUGACUGAUUUAAUUCCCUGCGAUUUAAUGUCUAUUGAGCACGGAAAAAUAAAUCUGGUGACAGACACAGGUUCUUUUGGAUCUUCUCCUUCAAGGGAGCUAGUUAGGUGUACAGAAGUUCCUAACAUGAACAUUGAACUGAAUGAGAGAUACUCUAUUACCAAGAGAGUAAAAGGCUUCGAAAGUUCAUGUGAAAUACGCGAAGUUUCCAUCCUAGGUGAUUGCAUGGGAAAAAAUACAAGGAUCCUUGUCACAGGAACGAAUCAGUGCAAAGAACGUUCUCUCCCCAGUUACGGUGGUAAUGUAGAUAAUGUAAUGAAUCUGUUUUUAGCAAAGAAUAUCGGAGGGGAUGCAUUUAAACUGAGGUUAAGAACGGAGAGUGCUAUUCAGCACAAAAUUUUCUUGAAUCAUAGGACUGUGAGUGCACAGAACACUGUAGGUUGUGUUUCAUCCAUUCCUUGUGAGCCUUCCCUUGCUGAUGGACAAUGCAAGUUUAUGAACGAGAACAUUGAAGGCUUAAAACGGAAUAAAGACAUACAUACUCCUGAAUCAGAUGGCGAGACACUAUUCCUGAACCGCCUUGAGUUUAUGACCGUUGGUUCAACAGACAAGCCUGCCUCGGUUUCUCUUCCAGAACUACUUUCCCCUGUUGAGAGCCUUUCACGCAUAUUUGUUGCAACUUUUACAAGUAAUAUCUCGUGGUUUCUUUCUGCUUGUAAGAUCCAAAACAAUUUACCUGUAACGGUCGCAUGCCAUGACACGGAGAGAUGCUGGAAUCCAGUUCAUGAGCAGAGAUGGUCACAACCUUAUUCUCAAUAUCCAAAUUUGGUGGUUGUGCAUCCCCCAUUUCCUGAUGAAAUUGCCAUUGCAAAGGACAAAAAGAAGAAAGGAGUUGCAUGUCAUCAUCCGAAGUUGCUUAUUUUACUAAGGGAGGAGAGCAUUCGUGUUAUCAUCACAUCUGCAAAUUUAGUUCCAAAACAGUGGAAUACUGUGACAAAUACCAUAUGGUGGCAAGAUUUUCCUCGCAGAAAAUCUCCUGAAUAUUUUUCUCUUUUCACCCAUGUACACAUAGAAAGAGAAAAAAUAUCUGAAGAGUUAAAGUCAGAUUUUCUGGCCCAGCUAGCCGGAUUUAUUGCCUCUCUUGUUGUUGAUAUACCAAACCAAGCAUAUUGGAUCAAGGAAUUAUGCCACUAUGACUUUACAAAGGCCUCUUGUCAUCUGGUAGCAUCCAUACCAGGGAUACACGAGUCUAUGUUUCCAUCUAACCUGGGGCAUGUUCACUCUCUCACUGAACUUCAACCUAUACAUCAGACUGCUACCAGAAGUUCAAAAUUUGUUGGUUCUGUGCUAGCAUCUUUAGUGGGCUUAAGCCAUCGGUUUCAAGCUAAGGUUGAUCCUGGAGGUGUGCAACUCAAGGCCCUUGCUAGUAUCAUCCAGAAAUGCAGAGAAAAUGCAUAUGGCAUGUUGGAGGUGAUUUUGCAAAGGAACCAUUGGAUACCUGCAGAUUGUAAUGCUGUCAGUGUCAUCAUUAAUCAUCCAGCAGAAUGCUCAGAGAAUGAUGCCUCUUCUUAUCAUCUGCAACUUGGUUUUCUCCCAAGAAGUGUAGCAAAGUGGGUGGCACCAUUGUGUGAUGCUUCACUUUUCUCAUUUUCUGCAUACAUUUUUCCUCAACAAGUGCUUGCAGCUGCAUUGUCAGGAUGCAACAGCAGAGUGAAACUUAUUUUGUAUGUCUCACAGGGGCCUAACUUUUUCAAAAUUUCAAAUUUGAUUCAACAUGAGCAUGUUGUUGCCAUCUGUUAUCUCCUGGCAUCCAUCCAAAGGAAUCUUGGCAUCUGGCGCCUGCAUGAGGUGUUAUCAAAGUACCAAUGGCCUGAUUCACAAGAAGUUGACUUUGUAUAUGGUGCAUCUUCUAUUGGUUCGUCACUUAAUCCACAUUUUUUAGCUGCAUUUGCAACAGCAGCUGGGAAAAGGUCAUCCCAGUCCCUUGAUUCUGAAGAAUCUGACCCAGAGUGGGGGCUCUGGAAUGCUGAGCAUGAGUCACACAGUCCAUCUAUUAAGAUAAUUUUUCCUACCAUGGAGAGGGUGAAACUUGGGGCAACUGGAAUCUGGCCCUACCGUCACCUGCUUUCCUUCUCAGAGAAAACCUGGCAAAGGUUAAGAGCUGCAGAUAUAUUGUAUGAUGCAAUUCCCUGUCCAAGUGAAAGGGUGGGCCACCCAAUGCAUGUUAAGGUAGCACGGAGACGCUUCUGGAAUAAGACUACAUCCUCAUCCUUUGGUUGGAUAUAUUUUGGCUCACAUAAUUUGAGUGCAGCUGCUUGGGGAUAUCCUCUGAUGGAUUCUCCUGAGUCAGGAUCGGUUAGUAUCGGUAGCUCAGUUCUGGGCUCCAGACUUCGUAUAAGCAAUUAUGAGCUUGGUCUUGUUCUGGUUGUCCCUCCUCCACAAACCACUAAAGGGGAUAUUGAGAAGAAUCUAGUUUUUGAUAACAUAAUUUUGCCAUUUGUGGUGCCUGCUCCCAAGUACAAAGUCAAUGAUAGGCCAGCGACAAUGCAAGCAAUGAGAGAAGCUUGUGCUGUUGAGUUAGAGAAGCAAAUGGCUAUUCUAGUGUCAGGAGAGGAGGAUCUCAUGAAUGAAGAUAUGAUCGAUGAUGAAGAUGAGGAUAUUAUUGAGGCAACUGAGAGUGCCACAGAGGAAAAAGAAGAGGACAAGCUUUAUGCUGAGAGGCUCUGGAGUCAAGUCGACUCUGCAGAUUCUUGAUGACCCCAUUGUAGCGUAAGAGAUUUUGGGAAUAGCUUGAUAGCACUGAAGCAUGUCCAUUCAUCUGAGACCAGAUCUGGAACUAUCAUUAAGGUCAAUCAUCAAUGCCCACGAUGCUAAAAAUUGUUAUGUUGGGUCAUUUCAGCUGCUUGAUUCCAUGCGUGUCAAUAUUUCUGCUGUUCAGAAUACUAAGGCGUGAACUCUUCAAGUUUGAUGAGAGGAUUGUGAGCAUGGAUAAAGUUGCGAACUAACAUAAUCAAAGUUCUUCAGGGCUUCUUCAAGUGAGGUGAUAAAGCUGCAUGAAUAUCAACAAAUGAGAAAAAGAACUUAAAAAAGCAAAGGUAAAGAAAAGAAUCGUUUACUAAUUGUUGUAUAGACCGUAAAAUAUUAUUGUAAAGUUGGAGAGUUCAACAAUUGAAAGAACUCAUAAUUUUUCAGUUAUACUAUGUCCAUGUAAUUUUUUCAUAUCAUGGUUUUAUGAAAACCAUGAUUUAACCAUGAAAUAAAUUAAACUAGUAUUAUAAGCUGUUUGAUGUGGUCAAGAA